AUGCCGAAAAACAGGUAUGAUUGGCAGGGGCAAGGCUGCCAGAAUUUCAGACCCCAGGGAUCUCAAUCCCAAGCUAGCUGGGUCAAGUUAUAUGCCAUGGGUAGUCGCCAAGAUCAAGAGGACUCUCCAAACGUCGUGACGGGUAUGAUUCGAGUCUCUUCUUUUGAUUGUUAUGUAUUGAUGGAUCCGGGUGCCAUGCUAUCUUUUGUGACUCCUUAUGUGGCUAGUAAAUUUGAUAAAAUUCCUGAACGUCUUCUUGAGCCUUUUAGUGUGGCCACCUCUAUUGAUUGUAGAACUCAGAUUGUCACGUUCAAAUUCCCGAAUGAGGCUAUUAUAGAGUGGAAGGGUAGUCCAAUUGCACCUAAGGGUAAGUUUAUUUCAUACCUUAGGGCCAGGAAGCUAAACUACAGGCAACUGAAUAAGGUCACCGUAAAGAGCAAAUACCCUCUCCCCAGAAUAGAUGAUUUAUUUGAUCAACUUCAGGGUGCCACGUGUUUCUCAAAGAUAGACUUGAGAUCUGGUUACCACAAGUUGAAGGUGAGAGAAUAUGAUAUUCUGAAGACUGCUUUCCGGACUCGUUAUGGCCACUUCGAAUUUUUGGUCAUGUCCUUUGGGUUGACUAAUGCCCCCGCCGCUUUUAUGGAUCUCAUGAACCGAGUAUUCAAGCCAUAUCUUGAUAUGUUUGUGAUUGUGUUCAUAGAUGAUAUUCUAGUUUACUCCAAGAAUGAGGAGGAGCAUGCCCAUCAUCUUAGAGUCGUCUUGCAAACUUUGAGAUACCAGGUAUUGUAUGCAAAGUUCUCCAAAUAUGAAUUUUGGCUUGCAUCAGUGGCCUUCCUAGGCCACAUUAUAUCUGGAGAUGGUAUUCAGGUUGAUGCUCAGAAAAUUGAGGCAGUGAAGAGUUGGCCCAGACCCACAUCCCCGAUAGAGGUAAGGAGCUUCUUGGGUUUGGCUGGCUAUUAUCGAAGGUUCGUAGACGGAUUCUCCUCCAUAUCAUCACCAUUGACUAAGCUGACUCAAAAGAAGGCUAAGUUCCAAUGGUCCGAGGCUUGUGAGGAGAGUUUCCAGAAAUUGAAGACUAAGCUAACCACUGCCCCUGUUCUAACCUUGCCCGAUGGUAAAGCUAAUGUUGUUGCUGAUGCUCUUAGCAGGUUGUCUAUGGGUAGCACUGCCCAUGUGGAGGAAGGAAGGAGAGAAUUGGCGAAAGAGGGAAAUUGGGAUGAUCACUUACCUCUCAUAGAGUUUACAUACAACAAUAGCUAUCAUGCAAGCAUUCAAAUGGCUCCUUAUGAAGCUUUGUAUGGGAGGAGGUGUAGAUCUCCCAUUGGGUGGUUUGAAGUUGGUGAAGCCGAGUUGAUUGGGCCUGGCCUUGUUCACCAAGCCAUGGAGAAGGUGAGAGUUAUCCAAGAUAGGCUAAAGAUUGAGGAGCAGAGGCCAGCACAGCCUCCAGAGGUCCCUGAUAGUACUCCGAUGCUUCAGGAGUUAUUGGUUAGACUAUUGGCUAUAUUGGAUGGUGCUUUGACUCUUGGUGUUCUCCUAGGUACUUCAGGCUCUCCCAUCAUAGUUAUCACUACGCCACCAAUUCAGAGGCCUAGUGUUGGAUUUCAGACUCCAAGUUCUUCUUCGGUGCCUUUUAUCUUACCUUUGAGAUUUACAGCUCCACCAUUUUCUGCUAGUGCUUCCAUAUCGGUAGAAGAGAAAAAGAGUUUGUUUUUAGAGAUUUGUUCGGUUGGCACCUUCCAAAUUUGA